AUGAAUGAGCAGAACGAGUUUUCGGAUGAAGAGAAUUUCAAAUUUUUUGGUCUUGGAGGUUGUAAUGAAGUUGGAAGAUCAUGUCAUAUUAUAGAAUAUAAAAACAAAGUCAUAAUGUUGGAUGCUGGGAUGCAUCCAGCUCUAAGUGGGCAUGCAUCGUUUCCUUAUUUUGAUGAGUAUGAUAUAUCCAAAGUUGAUAUCUUGUUGAUAAGCCACUUCCAUGUCGAUCACUCUGCGUCGUUACCAUAUGUUAUGCAACAAUCUAAUUUCCGAGGGAAAGUAUUUAUGACACACGCAACAAAAGCUAUCUACCGGUGGCUAAUGCAAGAUUUUGUUCGAGUUACUUCAAUAGGAAAUUCACGAUCUGGAGAUGGUAGUGGUGGUGGUGAAGGUAGCAAUUUAUAUACCGAUGAUGAUAUCAUGAAAUCAUUUGACCGAAUUGAAACCAUAGAUUAUCAUUCCACCAUGGAGAUUGACGGAAUAAGGUUUACAGCAUAUCAUGCUGGGCAUGUUUUAGGCGCAUGUAUGUAUUUUGUCGAAAUAGGAGGACUAAAAGUUUUGUUUACUGGUGAUUAUUCCAGGGAAGAGAAUCGACACUUGCAUGCAGCUGAAGUUCCACCAUUGAAGCCGGAUAUUUUAAUAUGUGAAUCAACUUUUGGUACAGGGACUCUUGAACCCAGACUAGAGCUAGAGAGAAAAUUGACUACCCAUAUACAUGCAACAAUCGCAAAAGGUGGGAGAGUGCUAUUACCUGUGUUUGCACUUGGUAAUGCUCAAGAAUUAUUAUUGAUUCUAGAUGAGUAUUGGAGUCAGAAUGAAGAUUUGCAAAAUGUGAAUGUCUUUUAUGCCUCCAAUUUGGCAAAAAAAUGUAUGGCUGUGUAUGAAACUUAUACGGGGAUCAUGAAUGAUAAAAUCCGUCUUUCAUCAGCAUCAAGUAAAAAGUCAAAUCCUUUUGAUUUCAAGUUUAUCAAGUCCAUUAAGGAUUUAUCGAAAUUCCAGGAUAUGGGACCUUCUGUGGUGGUUGCCACGCCAGGUAUGUUGCAAGCAGGGGUCUCGAGACAAUUGUUAGAGAAAUGGGCUCCAGAUGGUAAGAACUUGGUGAUAUUGACCGGUUAUUCAGUAGAAGGUACAAUGGCAAAAGAACUUCUAAAGGAACCAACUAUGAUACAAUCGGCCACGAACCCAGAUUUGACGAUCCCCAGACGUAUAGGCAUCGAAGAGAUUUCGUUUGCUGCCCAUGUGGAUUUCCAGCAAAAUUCUGAGUUUAUCGAAAAGGUUUCUCCUUCGAAGGUUAUUUUAGUUCAUGGUGAUUCAGUUCCAAUGGGUAGAUUAAAAUCCGCUUUAUUAAGUAAAUACGCUUCUCGUAAGGGAACAGAUCAAGAAGUGAAGGUAUAUAAUCCAAAAAAUUGUGAGGAAUUGAAAAUUGGGUUUAAGGGAUUAAAGAUUGCUAAAGUUUUGGGAUCGUUGGCUGAAGAACAAUUGCAGAUUCUAAAGAAAGUAAUACAAGAUGAAGUAAGUGCCGAGAACUCCAAAAUAACUGAGCUCACUCAAGAAGAAGCAGAAGAAGAAGAAGGGGAUAAGAUAAAGGAAAGCAAGGGCGAAACAGAUAUAACUCAAAAGCCAAACGAAUCAUCUAUAAAGGUGUUGAAAACUGGCCAAGUGGUGUCUGGUGUAUUGGUAUCCAAGGAUUUCAACUUGAAUCUUUUGCAGUUGCAGGAUUUGCAUGAAUUUACUCAAUUGUCUACAUCAAUAGUUAAAUCAAAGAUGCAUUUGAAAAUAAAUGCUGAUAUAUCGUUGAUGGUUUGGCAUCUUGAACAAAUGUUUGGCUACAUUAAUGUUAUUAAUGACGACGAAGAAGAGUGGGAAUGUGUGAUAAUGGAUGUGGUAGACAUUUUCAUUGACAGAUCAAAGGGGCCGGGAUUGUUUAUUACAGUGGAAUGGAUUAAUGACAACCUUAUGGCUGAUUCUUUAGCUGAUAGUGUUAUUGCUAUUUUGUACUCGAUAGAUUCGUCACCAGCAUCUGUUAAGUUAUCGAGCCAGAAUCAUACUCAUGGUGAUAACCAUAUAGUCAAAAAGGAAGAUUCCAUGGAAAUUGAUAGACCAGUUGAAGCACAUGCGAAGAGUGAUGUUCAAAGUAGAAUUGAAAGAAUCGCCUUACUAUUAAAAGCUCAAUUUGGCGAUUCCCUAAAAGAAUUACCGGAAGAAAAAGCUGUUAUUCAAAUUGGGAAAACGGUUGCUAAUGUGGACUACAAGCGUUUAGAGGUUGAAUGUUCAUCAAAAGUGUUAAAGGAUCGUGUGGAAAAUGUCAUCAAAAGAGGUUGUCAAUUAACCGCCCCAUUAAGUCAGAAUUCGAAAUUUACGUAG